AUGAGUGACCUCCAGAAGGCCCUGGGCAAGUCGAGGCUAAGCGCAGGCGUGAGCCCCGACGCCUUUGAUGAGCGCGAGGAGCAGGAUAGCUACAUUGGGGACCUGCCCGAGAUGCCCAUCGAGGACGACUCUUCGUCGGCAUCCUCAGCUUCCUCGACGGGCACCAUUAUACCGUCGCCGAGCCGCAAUCUUUUUGCUCGACCUGAAGGAGUGCCGAGGGGACGCACAUUAGCCCAGAUACCAUGGACCACAUACUUUGAGAGGGAAUUAUUUCUUAAGCCAUCCGACGCAGAUGCCUCGUCUUCCAGCCCGACGAUUCACGCUUAUUUGACCUCACCCGUCGGCAAGGGACCGCUGUUCGUCAUGCACCACGGCGCCGGCUCGUCGGGGCUAUCUUUUGCCGUCAUAAGCUCCGAAAUCCGGAAGCGGUUGCCCGCCGCCGGGGUACUGUCGCACGAUGCCCGCGGCCACGGCCAGACGGUGGUGCCCCCGGCCGCCGCUGCUGACGAGCUCGACCUGAGUCUCACCACCUUGUCCAAUGACCUCUUGGCCGUCAUCCUCGAGACCAAGGCUGCCAUGCACUGGCAGGAGCUCCCGCCCAUGAUUCUGGUCGGGCAUUCUCUCGGCGGCGCCGUGGUGACAGAAUUGGCCAAAUCAGGGGCCUUGGGCAAUUCUCUACUUGGCUAUGCCGUACUCGAUGUAGUGGAAGGCUCUGCCAUUGACGCAUUGCAGAGCAUGCAGACCUACUUGUCUACACGACCCACCGGUUUUGCGACUGUCGAGGCAGGAAUCGAAUGGCAUAUCAGAUCGAGGACGGUGCGGAACGCCAUAUCAGCCCGCACAAGUGUACCGGCGCUUUUGAGCCACUCUGAAAAGGAGGGCGAUCCCAGACCUUGGAAAUGGAGAACAGAUCUGGCAAAAACACAACCAUUCUGGGAAAACUGGUUCGUGGGUUUGAGUAAGAAGUUCCUUAGCGCCAGAGGUGGAAAGCUGCUGCUUCUGGCCGGAACAGAUAGGUUAGAUACGGAAUUGACCAUUGGCCAAAUGCAAGGAAAAUACAACCUCCAGGUGUUUCCAGAAGCCGGCCACUUUAUUCAUGAAGAUCUUCCUGAGAAGACAGCAAUAUCUCUGGUAGAUUUCCAUAAACGGAAUGACAGAAGCGCCCUGGUUCUACCUCCCAAGGUGUCUGAUCUCCUUAAACAGGGCAAGAGAGUAUAG